CCCUCAAUCCGUCGUAUUGUCAUUCCGAACUCCGUGGAUAAGCCAUAUCAAUCAAAAAUGUCCUUCAAAUACUGCAUUGUCCUGGCUCUUGUAGCAAUCAACUUGGCCAAUGCUGGCAAAUUAUUCGGUGGUGGCGGCGGUCACCAUGUGGAACAUGAGCACCAUCUCAUCCACGCACCCCUGCACGUUGCCCCGGAAAUAGUCCACGUUCACCACGUCGAAAAAGUUCAUGUGCCAGUGCACGUUGUCAAAAAGGUUAUCGUUCAGGACGAUCAUCACCAUCAUCAUGCCGAUCAUUUUCACGUCGACCAUCACAUCCACGCCGAUCUUGAUCUUCACGGCGGUCACGAUGGUUUUGAGGGUGGCUGGGACGGCGGUUUGGCCGGCGGUUUCGGAGGACACGGAGGCUGGUGGUAAUCCACGUUUGAAGAGUGAAUGAUAGAGUUCGCAGUUAGAUAUGAUGGCAGAAAGUGCAAAACUUUUUUCAGUUCUAGUCGUUUUGUAGUUCUAAAGGUCAUAUUUUAUAAAUAUUGAUUGUUGUUGUUGUUAUGUAGUUGUUACAUAUUUUUAAUAAAUUUAUUA